GCGGCCGCAGUGACGCCAUUCCGGGGGAGCUCGUGGGGCUGCGGCGCGGCGGUGGCUCUGUGCUGAAGGAGGGCGGGCGGCUCCCGGCGGCACCGGCACCAUGGCAUCCAUUUCCCUUGCUCCUGUGAACAUUUUCAAGGCAGGUGCAGAUGAAGAGAAGGCAGAAACAGCUCGGUUGUCAUCCUUUGUUGGUGCCAUUGCCAUUGGUGACCUAGUCAAGAGCACCCUGGGCCCUAAAGGCAUGGACAAGAUUCUUUUAAGUACCGGGAGAGACAGCUCUGUCACAGUUACCAACGAUGGUGCAACCAUCCUGAAAGCCAUUGGAGUUGAUAAUCCUGCUGCCAAGGUCUUGGUUGAUAUGUCAAAGGUUCAAGAUGACGAAGUGGGCGAUGGAACUACAUCUGUCACAGUGUUGGCAGCUGAAUUACUGAGGGAGGCAGAAUUACUGAUUGCAAGGAAGAUUCAUCCUCAGACCAUCAUUGCAGGCUGGAGAGCAGCCACAAAGGCUUCAAGAGAGGCGCUUUUGAAAGCAGCUGUGGAUCAUGGUAAUGAUGAAGUGAAGUUCCGUGAAGAUUUGAUGAACAUCGCGGGAACAACUCUUUCUUCAAAAUUACUUACUCACCACAAGGAUCACUUUGUCAAGCUAGCUGUAGAAGCUGUUCUUAGGUUGAAAGGUUCUGGUAAUUUGGAGGCUAUCCAUGUCAUUAAGAAACUUGGUGGAAGUUUGGCUGAUUCCUACUUAGAUGAAGGCUUUCUGCUUGACAAGAAGAUUGGUGUAAAUCAGCCAAAAAGAAUUGAAAAUGCAAAGAUUCUUAUUGCAAAUACUGGUAUGGAUACAGACAAGAUUAAGAUUUUUGGCUCUCGUGUUAGAGUGGACUCCACAGCAAAAGUGGCAGAAAUAGAACAGGCAGAAAAAGAAAAGAUGAAGGAGAAAGUGGAUCGUAUUCUUAAACAUGGAAUAAAUUGCUUUAUUAACAGGCAGCUGAUCUACAACUACCCUGAACAUCUCUUUGGAGCUGCUGGUGUCAUGGCUAUUGAACAUGCAGACUUUGCAGGUGUAGAACGUCUGGCUCUUGUCACAGGUGGUGAAAUUGCUUCAACCUUUGAUCACCCUGAGCUAGUAAAACUAGGAAGCUGCAAGCUCAUUGAAGAAGUCAUGAUUGGAGAAGAUAAACUCAUUCAUUUCUCUGGAGUAGCAAUGGGUGAAGCUUGCACCAUAGUUUUGCGUGGAGCCACCCAGCAGAUUCUGGAUGAAGCAGAGAGGUCUCUGCAUGAUGCUCUCUGUGUCCUGGCCCAGACUGUGAAGGACACAAGAACUGUGUAUGGUGGAGGUUGUUCAGAGAUGCUGAUGGCUAACGCUGUUGCAGAACUUGCUGUCAGAACACCUGGCAAAGAGUCUGUUGCAAUGGAGUCCUUUGCUAAGGCUUUACGAAUGAUCCCAACAAUAAUAGCUGAUAAUGCUGGCUAUGACAGUGCUGAUUUGGUUGCUCAGCUCAGAGCUGCUCAUAGUGAAGGGAAGACUACUUAUGGACUGGAUAUGAAAGAGGGUGUCAUUGGGGACAUGUCAGUUUUGGGAGUAACAGAAAGUUUCCAGGUCAAGAGACAAGUGUUGCUGAGUGCCGCUGAAGCAGCAGAAAUGAUUCUUCGCGUAGAUGACAUCAUUAAAGCAGCACCAAGAAAACGUGUACCAGACCAUCGCCCCUGUUAAAUUUUCUUCAGUACCUGAGGAUGUGUGGACCAGAUCUCACCUAGUAAUUUUUUUUAAUGGUCUAGUUUUUGUGAGGUUAUGGAACAGAAGCUUGAGACAAACAGAUCUCCAUCAAUGGCACUGUCUUCAGUUGGUUUUUACUUACUGGAGCUUUUGUGUGUUGUGUGGAAGAAUUCACUUUCAGGGGUGUAUAAACCAGGGGUUUUAUACAACCCUAUUCAUUCUGUUCCUUCCAGGUUCCACUUAAAAUACACAGUAAUAAAAAAAGAAAAAUUCAGAUUCCCCAAAGUUGUAUUUCUUUGUGUAGAACCAGGAAGGGCAGAUCCAUGAGGAGAGCUGUGGUGCACAGCCUCAGGCCUCGGCUGCUUCGGGUGUGACUAAGCCCUUGUGGCUUGCUGGUUUGUGUUGACCUGCUGUGUUAGUAUGAGUGGUGUGUUCCAGUCCUGGCUGCAUAGGUUUUGAGCUGGGGUCCUAGAAAUAGGCUCUGCAGUUAGAUGGUAUCUUU